AUGAACCCCGAGUACCGGGCCGAAUUUGUUACAGAUGCCUGGGCCGACACCUACGUUCAGCAUACGUUCGGCGCUUCCCACCCCGAUCUCGUGGAGACAUAUCUCGGUCUCACUGUUCCAAUCCUCAAAGUCGACCUUCUCCGCUACCUCCUCCUCUUCUCCGAAGGAGGCGUCUACUGCGACCUGGACGUCUCGUGCGACACGCCCUUCGGCGAAUGGAUUCCUCCGCAGUAUGAGGACGAGACCAACGUCGUCGUGGGCUGGGAGUUUAAUGUCGGCUGGCCCCGGCCUUUUGUCCACCAGCUCGCGAUUUGGACCAUCAUGGCGAAACCGGGGUCGCCGCAUCUGUGGACGGUCAUCGAGGAGACGGUGCAGUGGCUGAAGGACGAAGCGAAGAAGAAUAAUGUCUCCGUGGGAGAACUGACCCUCGACAAAAUCGGAGACGUGGUUGAUAUCACCGGCCCGAGACGGUUCACGCAGGGCGUGUUGAGGAGCCUGGGCAGAGCCUUCCGCACGACGGAGCAGGACAUCCAAGAGAUACUGGAGUCAAAACUGGUCGGGGACGUACUAGUUCUCCCGGGGUACGCUUUCGCCGCAUCAGCGAACCAUUACGACAAGGACAUGAAGCUUUCUCCGCCACUGGUCACGCACCACUAUGUUGGCAGCUGGAAGAAUCCCAAGGGUGGGGAGGCAUCGUGA